AUGUCGAGAGCAGUGUGGAGAGCGGUAGACUUGUUCAAAAAAUGUGCCGUAGAAAAUUUGAUUAUUCAGGUCGGUAAAUGUGAGGCGAUGAGAAUACCAUUUAGUAAAUUCAGGGAUCCAGUUAUUAUUGAACACCUUAAAGGUUUAGAUAAGUGUUAUACUGCCAUUGAUGUAAGAGACCACGCUGUAACAAAUAAACGCAAAAUUGUGUGUGGUAGAGAAUACACAAACGCUGUAUUUUUUUCUCCAAAAUUAAAUUGUUCAGCGAUAAAAACAAGUGUAAGUGUCAAUUACUUUGGACUAACUUGUGGAAUUACCACUUCAAUUCCUGGAUCAUAUCACGACUUUAGAAUUUUCGGGUUAUAUGAGUGGGACCAAUAUAUCAGAGAGGGAGAACUGUUUUUGGGUGAUACUGGAUACCGAGGUGCUAAAAAUGGUAUUACAACUUGGCCCUACCCUUCUGAGCCAAGACGCCACGCAUUGACAAAGCUUAGAAACUCUUUGGUUAGCAAUUGUAGACUCAUUGUGGAAAAUUCAUUUGGAAGGCUCACUCUGUUAUUCGAAGUCGCAAGAAAAAAAAUGGAAAUACUCUCUCGAUAA